AUGAUCUGCCGAAGAUGUAUGCAGCGACUCGCACGCCGACCCCCUCACUCGCACCGCACCUUUUCGUACACUCCUCCGACGCGUGCCUCUCCCACCGCAUCCCGACAACAAGAAGCACAACAACCCAUCCACGACGACCGCCAAGUACCGACCUCGCCUACACAGUCCUCAACCACACCUUCUUCUUCUUCUUCGCCACCGCCGCCGAAAACGAAAAAGACUCCUGCUGCUGCGAAGAAUGUUCUUUCUUCUCCUUCCAGUGUCCCUGCGGGCACGGUGCUCAAAGGGUUGAAUUUUUUGAAGAAUCAACAAGAUCCUGUGGCAUUGGAGGAUCAUGAGUAUCCGGAGUGGUUGUGGAGUGCGUUGAAGAGGAAAGGAGAUGUGUCUGGUGCUGGAGCUGCUGGUGCUGGGGAUGAUGAGGGGGAUUUGUUUUCCAAAUCGAAAAAACAGAGAAGAUUAGCUGCCAAAGCUUUGAAGAAACAACAGUUGCUCAAUCCGGAAUCUUUGGCGCCGAAAAUUCCGCUGUAUGAGCAGAGUAUUGAUCUUCCUGGGGCGGAUGGCACGAUCGAGGGGAAUAAAGUGGCAUAUCAGGCGCAAGAGGAGUUGACGAGAGCGAUGCGGGAGAAGAGGAGGAGUAAGAUCAAGGAGGACAAUUUCUUGAGGGAGAUGAGGUAGAAGAUGUGAAACCUCUUUCGUUUUCUUCCGUAGUGGGAGAAGAAGCGAUGGAUGGAUUUCCAUCAUUAUUUGAAAAUGAGAGGCAUAUGGUCAAGAAGAAGUUUCUCUACCAUUUCAAGGACGCCCCAGCCCAGCUUGAGGUAUCCUUUCCGAACCCACUCGGGAUAUUGCAGGCGGUCGCUAUGGAUCUAUCUAUCCCUGGGACUUGCGGCAGAGACUGCCUGAUGCAUCGGGCGAAGCGUCUUCCCAUUUCGGACUCCCGAUCGUGCUUUGCAGAACGCACGUGACCUGUGCCUCGAUCGGUGGCAUGGCCUGCGUGCAAAGUGAACCCGCAUAUAGAGGACAGAGCGGUCCGCUUCCACUGGCCCUCGAGAGCAUAUCUGUUACCAUAGUUGCUCCCACGUCUGCAUCUCUGGAAGGAUAUCGCUUCCAGAGUUGGCCACAGGCUAUAAGAGAUAGCCAUCCAAAGUUCCCAAAAAACUGCGCAGAAAAAGUUCUCACAAUAUCACCCAUCUCUUCGCUGCCAUUAUUUGAUUCCAAUCAAUCACCAGCAGCUCUCUGGAACUUCCCUUUGCGCAGAAGUAUCAGUAGCCGCCCUGUCUCUCUUUCUCUUGGGCCAUGAGCUGCUGCUGCUGCUGCCGCCGCCGCCGCCGUCGUCGUCGAAAUAACAGUGACUCCGCGGGAGAGAUAUAUACAUCUCUCUCUCUCUUCCUUUUUGUUGGAAUUUGUUUUUUCUUUCUCAGCUCAUGCUACAUCCAUUUGGCGGCCAGAGCGUUUCGCGGAGAAACUCGGACCACAAAACUCGUGUCUGUCAGGGUCUGCUGUUGAUUUUUUGAACUGAAGCUGGAUUUUCCACCGCCGCCGCGACUGGAGCCUCGACGAUGCCUGCUGCUGCUGCUGUUGUUGUUUUGGGGGGAAUGGCAGCAGCCUCGACUGGUUUGCAGAGAUCCCAUCUCACAAUCAUCUUUUUGGGCUUCGGUUUCGUUUCGAGAAAGUCUCGAUACGCCAGUUUGGUUCGCGCGCGGGUGUCUGUCCACUCGCGAAGGUGAUAUUCCAUCCAGACUUCUGCUGAACUAGAAGGUUGUGGUGGUGGACUCCAUGGCUUCGUCGUCGUCGGGGCUAUUUCUGGAAGGAAGACCCCAGCGAUCAGUAAAAAGAAAAACCCAAAAGACGUCGUCCGCCUUGCUGCUGCUGCUGCUGCUGCUGGGCGGCGGGAAUUCAUCACCAUCAAAGACUUACUGUGCACGGAUUCGACUCGAUUCGAUGCGUAUGUCGAGCAUAUUCCGAACUUGCCAAUGACACGGGCAUCUUCGUCAUCAUCUUCAGAAACAACAGCUUCAUCACCAUGAUCAGAGACAACGGCCUCAUCAUCAUCAGAAACAAUGGCCUCAUCAUUGUCAGAAAUCACGGCCUCGUCAUCAUCAUCAUCAUCAGAGACGACAGCCUCUUCAUUAUCGUCGGAAACAACAGCCUCCUCCUCCUCAUCAUCAUCAAAGAUAACAGCCUCAUCACCUCCAUCACCAUCACCAUCCUCAUUUUCGCACACAGGUUUCGCUGGCUCCGGCUCCGGCACAGAAUUCGCCAUGUCAUAAAGCAUCUGCCUCCGCGUCGCCAAAUCCCGCUCCCACCAUCGAUCCGGU